GCGCCUGUUCGAACUUCAGAACGGCCCCCAAAAAAACAAGACGUUUCGAAACGGAACCGAAAUUAUGUGGGCGGCUUUGGAAAUCGAUUUAUCAACGGUCAAUGAGAGAGAGAGAGAGAGAGAGAGCUGUUGUUAGAGAAAUUGCACUUUACGUUGUUUUUUUAACAAAGCAUGAACAAGAAAGGCUUAGCCAUUUUGAUGCGAACCAGAAUGAGACCCAGCGAUUCUACAAAGCUCACUCUCUCUCCUCUCACUAACCAAGUCGAUCAAAUGGCACAGAAUUCUCAACCAAACCGAUCGAGUCCACGCGUUUCGCAAUUUCAAGGAAACAACAAUCUCAAUGCCUCGAGUAACACUGAAAGAGAAUUUGAGCUUGUGAGAGAGUCGAUGCACUCGGCUAUAUCGAUGAACAAAACUGAGGUUUUAGAUUCUGUGCUUAAUGAAUUUUCUGAGGGUUAUUCUAGCCUUGAUCAUGAAAACCGCCGGAGAUUACUUCUAUUGCUUGCGAAAGAGUAUGAUCUUAAUAGGGCGCAAGUUCGCCAAUUGAUUAAGCAAUAUCUUGGACUUGAAGUACCUAGUGGUUUAGGUGAGAAUGCUGAAUCGCCAACUGGAGUAGAAGAUGAAGCCUUGCUUUCUGCUUUCUAUCGUAUUGAGCGUAAUUUGAGGCAUGCGCUGAAGCCGGUGUAUGAAGUUCUGUUUGAGCGGCUCAACACUCAUCCCGGAGGGUUGAAGGUCUUGACUGUUCUUCGAGCUGAUAUUCUAUCCAUUCUCGCAGAGGAAAAUAUUAUAUCUUUGCGAGCAUUGGACUCCUAUUUAAAGGAGAAACUUAGUACGUGGCUUAGUCCUGCUGCCUUAGAGCUUCACCAAAUAACAUGGGAUGAUCCUGCUUCUUUGCUGGAGAAAAUUGUGGCUUAUGAGGCUGUGCAUCCAAUCAGCAAUCUUAUAGAUCUUAAGAGAAGGCUGGGUGUUGGCCGUCGUUGUUUUGGAUAUCUACAUCCGGCAAUACCUGGUGAACCCCUUAUUUUUAUUGAAGUUGCACUCCUGAAAGAUGUGGCUCAGUCGAUACAGGAAGUUUUGUGGGAUGAUCCUCCUAUAUCUGAAUGUGAGGCAACAUGUGCAUUAUUUUACUCUAUAUCAUCAACUCAGCCUGGUUUAUCAGGGAUCAACCUAGGAAAGUUUCUUAUUAAACGUGUGAUAACACUGGUGAAAAGAGAAAUGCCACGUAUAUCUACAUUUGCAACUCUCAGCCCCAUCCCUGGGUUCAUGCAGUGGCUCCUAUCUAAGUUGGUAUCUCAGUCAAAGCUAGCUGAAGCAGAAGACGUGUCACUGUCGUCAGUUGAUAGUUCUGGUUCUGCUUUCUGGGAGAACAUACUUGAACCAGAGGAGGAAAAAGCACUUAUGGAUUUAUCUGAGGGUGUUGCUACUGGGAAAAAUGGUAUGGAAGUGAUGCUGAAUUUGCUGAAUUCAGCAAAUUAUGAGUGGACCAAUUCAUCUGAAUUGCUUUCAGCAUUAAGAUCCCCUCUAAUUCGACUUUGUGCCAGGUACCUUCUGCAAGAGAAAAAAAGAGGAAAAGCUUUGGAUUCUGUAGCAAAUUUUCACUUGCAAAAUGGAGCGAUGGUUGAAAGAAUAAAUUGGAUGGCAGACCGAUCAGAAAAAGGUCUUCGUCAAAGUGGAGGUCUCAUGGUGAAUUAUGUAUACAGGCUGGAGAAUAUAGAAGAAUAUGCUCAGUCAUAUUUCAGCAAAGGGCAUAUCAAUGCUUCAGCUGAUCUACAUCGGUUGGUUAAGUUGAAGGAACACGGAGAAAGAACAGAUUAGGAGGUUUGUCUGAAGAGAUUCUUAGUGUGCGUUUGGGAACAAAUUAAAAAGCCAACUUAUUUUAUUAUUCAGUUCAUUUUUACUAUUAUUCAUAGG